GAGGUUAUGUUACAAUUUGAAGCGGGAAAGUGUCGAACCGAAUACGUUUAUAAGUUGUUACUUUAUUAUAAAGAUUAUAAAGCUGUUUUUGUAAAGAAAUGGAUGUUGCGGAUGUUCAACUAGGACAAGCGCGUGUUCGAGAUGAGGUGGGAAUUCGAACACAAAAGUUAUUUCAAGAUUUUCUUGAAGAGUAUCAAGAAUAUGGGAAAGUAAAAUAUUUAAACCCAGCCAUGGAACUCCUCCACCAAGAACGAAGCACUUUAGAGAUUAAUUUUGAAGAUACAGAACGUUACAACCAAGAUUUAGCAACAACGAUAAUCGAAGAAUAUUUUAGGAUCUUCCCCUUUCUUUGCCAAGCAGUUUCAAAUUUUGUAAAAGAUCACAGCGAUCUUAAAAAAGAAAAAGAAUGUUACGUUAGUUUCACCGAUGUUCCAACUCGCCAAAAAGUCCGCGAAUUAAAAACGGAUAAAAUUGGCACUUUGGUUCGUAUUUCCGGUCAAGUUAUUCGUACGCACCCGGUUCAUCCCGAAUUAAUUUCCGGAACAUUCAUCUGUUUGGAUUGCCAAACUGUGAUAAAAAACGUUGAGCAACAAUUUAAAUUUACAAAUCCAACAAUUUGUCGUAACCCGGUUUGUAAUAAUCGACGGCGAUUUCUUUUAGAUGUCGACAAAUCGCUUUUUAUCGAUUUUCAAAAAGUGCGGAUUCAAGAAACUCAAGCCGAAUUACCUCGAGGUUGUAUCCCGCGGAGUGUUGAGGUGAUUUUGCGCGCCGAAAACGUUGAAACCGUUCAAGCGGGUGAUCGAUACGAUUUUACUGGAACUUUAAUUGUUGUUCCUGAUGUUGGGGCGUUGUCUUUACCUGGAGCUAAGACCCAAAUGAAUUCGCGGCAUAAAAAAGGGGAUGAUUCUGAGGGAAUUCGAGGGUUAAAAGCUUUGGGUGUGAGGGAUUUACAUUAUCGGAUGGCUUUUUUAGCGUGUAGUGUUCAACCGACGAAUCCGCGUUUUGGGGGAGUUGAAAUGCCUUUAGAAGAUGUUACACCGGAAGAUUUAAAACAACAAAUGACCGAGGGGGAAUGGAAGCACCUUUAUGAUAUGUCCCAUGAUAAGAAUUUGUACUCAAAUUUAAUAAGCAGUUUAUUUCCGAGUAUUCACGGUAACGAUGAAGUAAAACGGGGGAUUCUUUUAAUGUUAUUUGGAGGUGUUGCGAAAACAACCAUUGAAUUAACAACGUUAAGAGGCGAUAUAAAUUGUUGUAUCGUCGGGGACCCAAGCACGGCAAAAUCGCAAUUUUUAAAACAAGUCUCGGAAUUUUCUCCAAGGGCUGUUUAUACAUCGGGGAAAGCUUCAUCCGCGGCCGGUUUAACAGCUGCGGUUGUUCGAGACGAAGAAACCGGCGAUUUCGUAAUAGAAGCGGGUGCUUUAAUGUUGGCCGAUAACGGAGUUUGUUGUAUCGAUGAAUUCGACAAAAUGGAUCCAAGGGAUCAAGUUGCUAUUCACGAAGCGAUGGAACAACAAACGAUUUCUUUGGCAAAAGCAGGCGUUCGAGCCACUUUAAACGCGAGAACCUCAAUUUUAGCGGCCGCUAAUCCAAUUGGGGGUCGAUAUGAUCGAGCUAAAUCACUCCAACAAAACAUCGCUUUAAGCGCACCGAUUAUGUCUCGUUUCGAUUUAUUUUUUAUUCUCGUUGAUGAAUGCAACGAAUUAGUCGAUUACGCCAUUGCAAGAAAAAUCGUUGAUUUACACAGUAACGUUGAACAAAUCGUUGAGAAAGUUUAUAGUAAAGAAGAAGUUCUUCAAUACAUCACGUUCGCAAGGAAAUUUAAACCGGUCAUUAACGAAGAAGCCGGCGAAUUAUUGGUUAGAUUUUAUCAUAAAUUAAGAUUGAGGGAUUCAACAACGACGGGAAAAUCAACGUGGAGGAUUACAGUGAGACAAUUAGAAAGUAUGAUUCGAUUAGCCGAAGCUAUGGCAAGGAUGGAAAUUUCGGAUCAAGUUCAGUCAAAACAUGUUAAAGAAGCUUAUAGAUUGCUAAAUAAAUCGAUUAUUCGCGUUGAGCAACCCGAUAUUCAUUUGGAUGACGAACAAAACGAACCGAUGGGCGGGGAAGAAGAACCAAACAACCAAAAUGAAAGUGUUAACGAAGAUACGCAAGUUAAACGGAAGUUAAUUUUGAGCUUUGAAGAAUAUAAAAGUUUAAGUAAUAUGAUUGUGGUUCAAAUGAGGAAGGAGGAAUCGAGAUUAGAAGAAGAGGGAAAAGGUGGGGUUCAUCGAAGUAAUGUUAUCGAAUGGUAUUUAAAUCACGUCGCCGAUCAAUUAGAAUCUGAAGAUGAUGUUAUGGAGAAGAAGCAAUUGAUUGAGAAGGUUCUCGAUCGAUUAAUUUACCAUGAUGAAAUAAUAAUUCCUUUAACCAAAGUUGGCUUAAAAGGCGAUUCUCAAGAUGAGGAGGAGGAUGAUCCUUUACUCGUUGUUCACCCAAAUUAUAUCAUUGAUCAAUAAUUUUUUACAAAAUAAAUAACUUUUAAAUCGUUUAA